ACUGUGGGCUUGGCGCCGCGGCCGAGGGUACGCUGUGUGGCGUCGUGAGCCCCGCCGCCGGGAGCUGUGAGGAGCCUCGGGCGACUCGGGAAGCCGCGCCAUGGAUCUGGUGAGCUUUGAGGAUGUGGCUGUGCACUUCACCCAGGAAGAGUGGGCUUUGCUGGAUCCUUCCCAGAAGAGUCUGUACAGAGAUGUGAUGCUGGAGACCUGCAGGAACCUCGCUGCCGUAGGCUAUAUAUGGGAAGAACAGAAUAUUGAAGAUUGCAAAAAUUUUGGAAGAUAUGAAAGACACAUCAUAUCUCACUCUGAAUACACUCCAUAUGAGCAUGAGGACUAUGCAAGCAAGCCCUACGAUUCCAGCUCUCCCCCAAAUAUUCAAACAUAUGUGGGUGCUCACACUGUGAAUGGACCCUGUGAAUGUGAGGUAUGUUUAAAAUCCCUUGGUUUCACAAGUACAUUUGGAAUGUAUCACCAAACUCAGAGUGGAGAAAACUUCUGUGACUACAAGGAAUGUGGAAAGCCUUCAGUUUAUCCUAACUCACUUUACGCACACGGAGGAACUCACAUUGUAAGGAAAUGCUAUGAGUGUAACCAGUGUGGGAAAGCUCUGAGUUCUUCCAGUUCCCUUCAAAGGCAUGAGAGAAUUCACACUGGAGAAAGACCCUAUAAAUGUAACCAGUGUGGGAAAGCUCUGAGUUCCUCCACUUCACUUCAGAGGCAUGAGAGAAUUCACACAGGAGAAAGACCCUAUAAAUGUAACCAGUGUGGGAAAGCCUUUAGAUGUCACAGUGCCCUUCAAUUACACGAAAGAAUCCAUACUGGUGAGAAGCCCUAUGAGUGCCAGCAGUGUGGGAAAGCCUUUACAUGUCACAGUUACCUUCGAUUACACGAAAGGACUCACACUGGAGAGAAGCCCUAUGAGUGUAAGCAGUGUGGGAAAGCCUUCAGAUGUCAAACUUCCUAUCAUAGACAUAAAAUUAUUCAUGGUGGAGAAACAUUCUAUGAAUGUAAACAAUGUAGUAGGCUCUUCAUUUACCCCUCUUUACUUCAGAUGCACGAAAGAACUCACACUAGUGAGAGACCAUAUAAAUGUAAAGACUGUGGCAAGUCAUUCCUCUACCCCUCUUUACUUCAAAUGCAUGAAAGAACCCACACUGGUGAAAAGCCCUAUGAGUGUAAACAGUGUGGCACAGCCUUUAGACAUCACUCUUCCCUUCGACUGCAUGAAAGAACCCACACGGGAGAAAAGCCCUAUGAGUGUCCACAGUGUGGGAAAGCCUUCACUCGUCACACUUCCCUUCGAUUACAUGAAAUAACUCACACCGGAGAGAAACCUUUUAAAUGUAAAGAAUGUGGAAAAGCCUUUAGACACCACUCGUCCCUUCGGUUGCACGGAAGAAUUCAUAGUGGAGAGAAACCCUAUGAAUGUAAACAAUGUGAUAAAGCCUUUAUACGGUACAGUUACCUUCGAUUACAUGAAAGAACACACACAGGAGAAAAACCUUAUGAAUGCAAGCAAUGUGGGAAAGCCUUCAGUCGUCACAGUUCCUUUCAGAGACAUAAAUCCAUUCACGCUGUGGAAAACCCCUAUGAAUGUCAGCCGUAUCUAAUUCCUUUAUCGCUGUUUCCUCCAAAUACAUCAGAUAACUCAUACUGGUGAAAAACACUAUGAUGUGAACAGUGUGUUAAAAUAUUUAUCCUUAUCCACCUAAAACACAUAUAAGAACUGAAGAUGUCACAUGAUAAACCUUAUCCACAUAAAUGAUACGGCUUAGACUUUAAAUGUACUAAGGAAUUCAUUGUAGGUAUAGUUUCUACAAAUGUGCAGUCUGUGGUAAGUCCUUCCACAGAAACAAAUUAAUUCAUGCGGGGGAAAUGCCUUAUGAAUGGAAACGAUAUGGUCAGUGUUCUAUCCCUGUUUGCUUCAAACACAUGAAAGAACUUAAAAUGCAAAAUGCCGUGAGGGUUGGCAGUGUGCUGGAACCUUCAGGAGAUGGAGGUCCCUUGUUAACAUGAAAGACUCUUACUGGAGGGAAAGAGACUGCAUGAUGUUUAGAUGUCAUUGCUCCCGUAGAUUCUGUGAAUGGACUACUGGAAACCGUUCUGUGAGUGAGAGCGAAGCUGUGACACCUUCAAGCUCACAGCUCCUUUCAAAGGUGUAUGAUGAUUGAUGGUGGGACAAGGCCUUAUACAUGUAAAAAGUAUGCUAAGUUUUUGGUUGCUUGGAGAGGGACAGGCAUUUUUUGUUGGUAGUGAAGCUACCUGUAAGUUGCCUGUGUUCAAUAAGCCCAGUUAGAUUCGGCGGUUCCCCAGGCUGCAGUUGGAUGGAGUCAUUGCUUUGUUUCUAUCCUCAGUGCCUUGCUUGUUCAACAUGUGUCCAGAAAAUGUUCACACAAUACUUGGCACCCAAAUGUGGAGCUCAGUGGAACCAAAGAUGAGUUUGAGAGGAGCACUGUCUUUCUCUGGGUGAUGAGACAUGGCCUUGAACAGGGCGGAUCAUCUGCAGUUGACUAUGAAGCGGCUGUCUUUUCAGUAUGCCGUGGGACAGUGUGCCGCCUUGCUGCAGUACCAGUUGCAUUGUUUGUACUGUGCAACUCCUCUAGUAUGGAAUGCUCCCCUUCUGUGACAAAUGACCUUUGCCACAUGAACCUUCCCCUCCCUCCCACAGCUGUCAAGUUCAAGAGUGUAUUACAGUUCCUGUAAGUAGCACAGACGGAACAAAAUUAAGUAGGUAUCAGGUGCACGGCCCUUCAUUGGGUAAGAAGACAUGCUCUCUACUAGCAUGAACUUGCCCCUUUGAUGGAGGGAUUGUUUGAGGAAGAGAUAUGCAGAUGCUGUCCACUGUAUUGGCCUUCAGAUUGGCAAGGAAACUAAGGAAAAGGAGGGUGGGAGGGAGGAUGGGAACAAAUGAGCUGCAGCUGCCGGCUUCCAGUUUUUUACAUCUGGAUGGCAUAAGGGGAACAAAUGAAAAGUUCUGUCUGCUGAGUAGUCCCUUUGGGAUCCUAAAAUGUGAAGCCUAUAUAAAGUUUUGACUAGUGAGGGAGAGAAGUCGAAGUGGUGAUAAUGUUCCCCUUCGGCCUGGCCUUUACUACAGAAGAGUUGGAGUGCAGUGGCCUGUGUAUGGAGGACUAAACAGUGGCCCAGUAAAAGGAGUUGUGAUAAUUAGUAAAUAUUCUUUUUUCGGAAGGCUGUACAGCUUGAGAAAAAAACAUAAUGAAGAAAGAUUUGAUAAAGCACUGCAGCUGAGAAGUCCAAGCUUUUGCUGGAGUUGUUUCCCCAGAAUAAGUUGUGUGCUCUCCUGCAGAAAAGCAUGCUUGUGCGUAAUCCGUUUGUUCAGCUCAGGGACCUCUCAGCAGCUAGGGGCGUCCACUGAAGAGGCAGCAGUGUGCUACAACAUGGGCUUAGAGGCUGUCAGACCCAGGGAGUCCACGGGAAUACAGCAGGUGAGCAUGUCUGGGCUUCCUCUUUGCUCCUACACCAGUGAGAGAACAAGAACCAGCUCUUUCCCCACCAAGGCUGCGUGCAGGAUGAGGGUGCAGAUGGCUCAUGAAGAAUGAUGGUUCAGGGUAGGGUGCAACCUCCCAUCUACAACACUGUAUCCAGUACUGAUUUUGAUUUUUUUUUCCCUUGAGGAAAGUUUCUAGGUAGCCCAGACUGGCCUCAAAUUCACUAUAUAGCUGAGGAUAAUCUUGGAAGUCCUGAUCCUCCUGCCUCCUCUUUCUAAAUACUGGGGUUGUUGCCAGGCGGUGGUGGCGCACGCCUUUAAUCCCAGCACUCGGGAGGCAGAUGCAGGCAGAUCUCUGUGAGUUCGAGGCCAGCCUGGUCUAGAAGAGCUAGUUCCUGGACAGGCACCAAAACCACAGAGAAACCCUGUCUCGAAAAUCCAAAAAAAAAAAAAAAAAAAAAAAUUCAUAAAUAAAAUAAAUAAAUAAAAAAAAUAAAUACUGGGGUUGCAUGCAUGAGUCACCCCAUCUGGUUUCCUGUGCUUUGAAACAGUCCCAGGCUUCAUGCGUUCACUCUCUGCUGUGCUGUGUCCUCAGGAAACACUUGGUACAGAAUCUUCAUGGAUCUUUUUAAUAUUUGUUUAUUGCCCUCUUAACUCUUCCUGACUCCCCAGUCCAGCUAGCACUUGUUUGAUCCUCCAGUGAUCCUGAGACCCCUGUGUAAAUAGGUUUCUUUCACUUCACCGCUGACAUAACGCUAGCCUGUGAGUGUCCCACAGAGUUAGAAAAGCAUCUGUGUGAGCUAAAAGAAUGACGAUCAGAAGGGCAGUACACAUACAUGUGCACAGGGCAGGCACGUGGGAAAUUCUUGUGAUGUUAUGGUUGGGUAAGACACAUGUGAUACAAAAUAAGGAGAGUGAGGGAAAUCUUUCGCAGCCAGUGGCUGACAUUAAGCAUUACAAGAACAGUUGAGGAGCUCGAGUGGAAGUGCCCUGUGUGCGUGGGCAGAGAUUUUCAGAGCAUAGACUCCUCAGUGACGAUGCAGUGUGGGGUGGGCUACUUCUCCAAGAGAUGCCCCAGAAGUCCCUAGACAGUGCUGGCUGUUGCCAAUGCUCUUCGCUGUCCCUAGAACUAGAGUUAAUACUGUUCCUGAAGACACCACAUGCUUUGGCUGCUGAAUGUGGAGAAAACAAGCUGAACCUGAGCUGCAAGUGCCCUUGCUGGCCAGCUUUAGAGGACCUUGAGGGCUCCGAACCCUGUAUGGUACUAAAAUUGGCAAGCAAGAUGUGCCUACUAGGGCUGGUGAGAUAGCCCAGCUGGUGAAGGUGCUUGCUGCCAAGACUGGCAACUUGAGUUAGAUCUCAGAGCCCACGUGAUGGAAAGAGAACUAAAUCAUGCAAGUUGUCUUCUGACUUCCUUAUUCAUGCUGAUGCUGUGGUGUGCGUCUUCCUUGUACAAUAUAGAAAUAAAUGUCAUAGGCUCUAUGACUGUAGUGGCGUGACUUAAUGGGAGUGGCCAAAUGCUGCAGGGGUCAAUUCACAUCUCUAAGACCCAUCCACAGGCUAUGGCUAGAGAGUCAUAGGCCCUGGUGGUAAAGCUAUUGGUGUUUGCCUAAACGGGUAUAUUUCUGUAUUUCUGUGAAAUGACUGUAUCAGGUUCUGUGUUUAAUGCUUGUAGGCUGUUGCUCCAGUCAGUUUUUGGAAAGAGAAGCUCCUUUUUGCUGUAGGCAAUAGUUACUGAUGAGAUUUAUCACCCUUUUCUAGGCUUGGCACAUUCUGGAAAAGGGGAUACCAGAGGAAGGGAUGGCAUGCUUUGGAAUGCUGUCCUUUGAGCAUGCCAUUGUCCUUGAAAUUUCAGUACCUUUGAUGACCUGCAGGAGGCCCACACAAGACUGCCUUUUGUAUCCAUGUGGAAGGGUGGGCAUGGGAGCCCUGGCACCUUCCCUGACGAUACAGGCAGUUAAUAUUCACUGCAGGGAGGGAUCCGGAGACCUUUGUCUCUCCCUGAAUAUAUUUUUUUGUUUUGACUUUUUGAGACAGAAUUUCUCUGUGUAGCUCUGGCUGUUCUGGAACUCACUCUGUAGACCAGGCUGGCCUCAAACUCACAGAGAUCUGCCUGCCUCUGCCUCCCUAGUGCUGCGAUUAAAGGUGUGUGCCACCAUGCCCAGCAUAUACCUGAGUAUUUUUAGACAGUUAAUGAUAUUUAGACAAGAGCAUCUUACAAGACCUCCCUCCUCCUCUGAAUAUUAAAGCAGAUAAAGGGAGAAACCCUUUCUUCAGUGGAAUACCUACCUAUGAUUUUCCAUGUUCCUGUCAGUAACCCUUCACCCAUGCUCCUGUAAGUAACCCUAAUUAAAAUAAUUGGUUGAUCAAGCUGUACUUGUGUCAAAUCUUUUCCGUGUGUCUGUGUUUGGUGCCCUUGUCUGAGGUGGACAGACACUCAGACCUUAGAAAGUUCACAUAGUUUUAUUGGUUUGUGUUUGGGCUUUUUUGUUUUGUUUUUCGAGACAGGGUUUCUCUGUGUAACUGGUCUGACUGUCCUGGAAUUCACUUCCUAGACAAGGCUGACUUUGAACUCACAGAGAUCUGCCUGCCUCUGCAUCCUGAGUGCUGGAAUUAAAGGUGUACGCCACCACCGCCUGACUACACGUUGUACUGUAAUAUGAGUUACAUUGACAAACUGUCAUGUUGCUUAAGUUUGUUGAGAGCAGACUGGGAGGGGUACACUCUCCCUUUUUUCAGAUUCAAACAUGUUUUUCUCAAGUUUUCUCUGUUCCUAUCCUGGUGGUGACAGGGAGAAGGUUGUUCAGCAGUAGCUGUGGAUGUUUAAAGCAUGGUGUUCUGGGCGGUGGUGGUGCACUCCUUUAAUCCCAGCACUUGGGAGGUAGAGGCAGACAGAUCUGAGUUCGAGGCCCGCCUAGACUACACAGACAGGUCUUGGGUGUCACCUUUGUGAACAGACAGGGGGUGGACCAUCUCAAGGUUGCAGUGGAAAUAAAAACCAGAUGCUGAUAACCUCAGCGAUGCUUCCCUGGUGUAUUUCUGCUGGAUUUUCCAAGUGUCACUUGUUUGCUUUUUUAUUAUUUUCUUAUUUUAUACAUUGAUGUUUUGCCUGUAUGUAGGUCUGUGUACCACAUAUGUGCCUGGUACCCAUGAAGCUGGAAGAGGGUAUUGGAUUCCUUGGAACUGGGCACUCUCUCCACUGACCUCCUUAUGCACCAUGGUGCCACUGUGCGUGUGUGGAGAGGCAGAGAAGAGCAGGUGCGUGUUCCCCCCUCCACCGAGAAGUGGGGUAGAUCAGUACUCUUUCUUCCUGGGCCAGCUGCUCCCACACUUUUUGGUGGAUGCAGUGGGUCGACCAGAUGGCUGGACCCUUUUUCUUUUUUGAAAAUAAUACAUCACACACACACGUCGACCAGUUGGCUCUGUGUAUUUUAUUAUUAUUUUUUAAAUGAUAGAAGCAGGUCGACCAAUUGUCCUAUAAAGUGUUUUGCCUUAAAAACAAAGUCACGAUUGGACUCUUUUUUUUUUUUUUUUUAAAUACAUUCUACAUCCACAGGGAGACAGAUUAUUGUGAGCCGCUAUGUAUGUGCUGGAAAUUGACCUCAGAGCAGUCAGUUCUCUAAGCUUGAGUCAUUUCUCCAGCCUUGCCCACCCUUACCCCUACUUGCUUCUUGGCUGUACUGCUCCAGUCUUCUGGGUGUGGUUAUUUUCUCAUAGAAUGUUUUGCUCUUCACUUACUAAUUCUUCCUGCGGCUUGCUGUUUAUUCUUGUUGGUUUAUUUGAGACAGCAGCUCACUUUGUUACGUGGCUCUGGCUGGCAUAGAACUUAUGUAUAUUAGCCUAACCUGGAACUCACAAACAUCCGCCUGCCUCCGCCUGGCUUUUUUAUUAAAUUUUAAUUGUGUGUGUGUGUGUGUGUACCUCAAUGGACAAAGGUCAUGGGGGUCCUGGAAACCAAAUUCAGGCCAUCAGUACCGGGGGCAGGCUCUGUGCCAUUUUACCAGCCCUAUUGUUUUAAUGUUCUUGCUCUAUACUUAAUAUAUAUACUUGUUAAGUAUGCUUAAUAAAUUCACUUCUUGGAAACUGA